UUUGUUUGUUAAGAGGGUUUCGGGGUUUAUAGAGAAAACUCUAAUGUCAUCUCUUUAGGUUCAAGAAAGCACCACAAUCACUUGUAUUUCACUCCUCUUUUUUUUCUUUUGUCACUUUCUUGCCACUUCUUUGUCUUCAUUACAGAAAACCCUUUUUUGCAAAAUUCAAGAUUUUCAUAUUGCAGAACCCAAAAAUCAAGAUUGUUUAGGUUAUGGACGAAGAUAGAAUAGGGUUAGUACUGGCUAGAAUCUCUGAGCUGAGGUUAGAGAUAACAAGUUGCAUUCAUAAAGCAUCCAAGAAAGAUGAAGUGGAAUCUGAAAAUAGAGAAGACGCAGAGGAUGGAAAAACCCAUGAGGAUGAUGAUGAAGCAGUGGAUUGCUUGUUGAAGAUUAAGGAUGCUCUUGAAUCACUUGAAGCCCAAGUGUCUUCUUUGCAGGAAGCAGUUGGUUGUGAUGUUCUGCAGAGGGCAAAAUUUUGGAUCCUACAAACUUUUGAUCCAAUGAUCACGACAGUCAAUCCUGGUCCAGUCAUUGCAAUGCCAUUUAUAAGUUUUAGAGAACUACCACUAAACAAGCAUAAUCUUUGUGAAGAGGCACUACAAGAGCAACAAUGGUAUGAGAAAGAAGCAGCACUGGCUGAGAUAGGUUAUAGUCAAGAAAAAUUGCUCCAGACACUGAAAGGGUACGAAGGCAAGGAUUACCAAGUCAUACACGAGGCAAUUGCUUUUGUUUCUGAAACAGUAGAAGACAACAACGAUCUUCUACUUCCUCCUUACCCUAGCAGACCUUCUCGUACCGUGGUGUCAGACAAGGGUUAUGGCGUACACUUACCAUCUACACGGAAACUCACUCAAAAUGGGGUAACUGGUAGCCACAACCACAAUUCCAGGAAAGAUGUCGAUGAAGCUAACCGUAAAAGUUCCCAGUCUAAGAGCCCCUUAAGUAUGGUUAAAUUCUUCAUCAGUGCAGCAGCCAAGACAGCACUCACAGUUGUUGGUGUAAUAUCUGUCUUGAGUUUGGCUGGAUUCGAGCCUCAGUUAAAGAAACGGGAUAAUCAGAUCAAGGUUUCUAACUUGUUUCAACAACUGGCAAACAGAAAAGUCCCUGUGGUUGAAAAUGGUGAAACUCAGUGCGUCGUGAAAGAGAGAGUUGAGAUCCCAUUUGAAUCAGUUGUGGCAACUCCAGAUGUAAAUUAUGGCUGUGGAUGAAAUGUUGUUCAUUUUUCAGUUUUUUGUGUAAAUCCUACUAAGUUUUUGACUAUAUUUGAACUCUGCGUGGCCUGACAAUGUAAUUUGUCUUAGCUAGAGAAAGUUCAAUCAGAAAAUAAAUUUCUCGCA